AUGCACGUGAUUUCAGCAUCUCUUGUUUUGUUCGUGGUGUUCGUGGCUCCUUUUAUUGCUGGUGCUCCAACCGGUGAAGAAAACGGUGAUCUCGUCCGAUAUGAGAACGUGCAAACGGAAAAUGGAUAUCGUUUUUCCUACGAAACUAAGGAUGGCCAAGUGCGCGAAGAAGUUGGGACGAUCGACCCCAAUACGGGUGCGUUGACCGUUACCGGGUGGUACAGCUUCCGUACACCAGAUGGCGCUACACACCGGGUAGAUUUCAUUGCGGAUGAGAAUGGAUAUCGUACGAUGGAACAACCUAAUAUUGUGGCUCCACAACUCCUUCCUGCUCCUGUCGCUGCAGCACCAAUUAAUAAUGCUUUGCUGCUAUCACUGGUUGGUUAA